AUGGUCACUGUCGGAAUCGAUGCAAAUGAGAAGAUGGGACUCGAAAAGCAAGCCGAUACGAAAAUGGACGCUGCAAAGGAAACGCUCCUGAUUCAAAUGCCGCAGAAGAAGUUUGCCAUUGCAUCUGCGGAAACAAAAUCCACGUACAAUCUUGUAUGUGUUGCGCGCAACACUGGUGACCUCAACCAGGAAAAGCGCCUUAGAAGGAAGUUGUGUCGUCAACUGCAACAAGACCGCGAUAACGAGUGGACGUCAAGAGCGAAUAAGUUUGAAAAGGUGUGGGAGGACAAGAACCCGCGGAAAGCUUAUGUUCCAUUAAAGCAGUAUAGCGGCAAAAUGAAAAGAUGCUCUCCUGUCCUUAGCAUUACCAGUGGAGUGGCUGUCGGUGAAGCAAUCCUUCCAAUUCGGUGGAAUCACUUCAAGACCUUGCUGAACCGGAAAACGCCGUCAGCACUUGGACUUGGGCCGAUAUGUGCGGUUAACGAGGAGAUUUUUCAUCUUCUGGAUACAGACCAAAACCAGCGACCGAGUCGGAUUCGUGAGAUAACAAAGAUCAUCCAUUCAAUAUGGAUAGACGAAAGGAUACCUGACUCGUGGAGAGACGCUAUCAUAAUUCCCCUCUACAAGAAGUUAUCCGUCACGGACCCUAGGAAUUAUCGAGGAAUUUCUUUGCUGCAUGUUAUGUACAUGGUAUUGGAGCGGAUUAUCCUGGACCAACUCGUUAAACAUCGCGAAGAAACAACGCGUGUUCUUCGUCAGCAGGGUAAUCGAAAUUGGCAGCGGUAUUCGAAGCCAAUGCAAUUAGCGUUACUGGACUUUGAAGCCGCUUUCCACUCUUUUCACCGAGGUCGUCUUCUCAACGCGCUCCGCGCCGAAGGAGUACCAGGAAAGUUUGUUCGCUUGCUUGAUGACAUGAAUCAACAUACAACUGCUGCAGUUCGAACACCAGCCGGAUGUACAACACCGUUUGAGAUGGUAACUGGAGUAAGAUAA